CCAUCUUCAAUUCAAUCCACCAUAAUGAUGAAUUCUAAGUUGGCUGCACUUCUGCUGAAGCAACUCGGCUCAGCGACUGUUCGGACGGUGAUCAUGGAACCUUUAAAUGGAAUCACGACUGAGUCUUCCUGUUUUCUUCAUGCCAGCGGGUCUGUUGUGCCGGGGCGAAGAACUUGGAUCAGGUUUUCCGGUCUGGGUGUACGUAACGGGAGUACCUCGGCUUUGAACAACAAAGAAAAAGAAGAGAAGGGCGUGCGAACCAGUUCCACCGUGGGCGGUGCCAAUCGCCCGGAGGAUAAGAUGAUUGUGAGCUAUUGGGGCAUGCCUCCGGCUAAUCUCACGAAGCAGGACGGCUCGGAAUGGAAAUGGAACAGCUUUAGGCCAUGGGAGACUUAUAAGGCAGACCUAUCGAUCGAUCUGAAGAAGCACCAUUCACCCGUUACGUUCAUGGACAAGUUGGCUUACUGGACCGUCAAAGCACUCAGAUACCCAACUGACAUUUUCUUCCAGAAUCGGUAUGGUUGCCGGGCAAUGAUGCUGGAGACGGUUGCCGCCGUUCCGGGAAUGGUCGGAGGGAUGCUCUUGCACUUGAAGUCCCUGAGGCGAUUCGAGCAUAGUGGGGGUUGGAUUAAGACUCUGUUGGAAGAAGCAGAGAACGAGCGGAUGCAUCUGAUGACGUUCAUGGAGGUAUCGCAGCCCAAGUGGUAUGAGCGAGCUCUGGUCGUCGCCGUUCAAGGAGUAUUCUUCAAUACGUACUUUCUGGGCUACUUGAUCUCUCCCAGAUUCGCUCACCGUGUGGUGGGGUACCUGGAAGAGGAGGCCAUACACUCCUACACCGAAUUCCUCAAGGAAUUGGACAAGGGCAACAUCCAGAACGUCCCGGCUCCGGCCAUCGCCGUCGAUUACUGGCAGUUGCCACCCGACUCCACUCUUCGCGAUGUUGUAAUGGUCGUCAGAGCCGACGAGGCGCAUCACCGCGACGUCAACCACUUUGCUUCUGACAUACACGACCAGGGAUAUGAGCUGAAAGAAUCACCAGCCCCUCUUGGGUAUCACUAGAUCCGAAUUAAUGAAGGAGAUAGUCAUCUAUAUUCUAUAUUUGAUUGUACAUUAAUUAAUGCUUAAAAAAAAGAAUAUCAUA